GAUCGGUUUACUGUUUAUACAACAAUGACAACAAUCGCAAUCAGAAACGUUGGAGUAAUAUUUUUGAAUUUGUUAGUACAAAAUAUUAACGGACAUCCUCAACAACAUUCAGUGCUCCGCGAGUCGAUCACAGAUGUAGCGCAUUGGAAUUAUGGAGACGGGGAGUAUGGACCUCCAUUCUGGCCAUAUUUAUUUCCACAAUAUUGUGCUGGGAUGUAUCAAUCGCCAAUUGAUAUUCACAGAAAGCAAACGAUCUAUGAUCCAGCUUUAACAGAAUUUGCUAUAUUCUCCGAUCCACCCAGACGAGGAUCUAUGUUUCAGGUUCAUAACAAUGGUCAUGCAGUUGAAAUAAAUACAGUGGGAGAAUUCUUCGUGACGAAUGGCGGAUUACCAGGGGUUUAUAAGACAGAGCAAUUUCAUUUCCACUGGGGAGCAUACAAUAAUCGCGGAUCAGAGCAUACAAUUGAUGGUGAACGAGCACCCUUAGAGAUGCACAUUGUAAGCUGUAACCGUAAGUACGGAAGUGCUAACGAAGCAGCUAAACAUCCAGACGGUAUUGCAGUAUUAUCAGUCUUGUUCAGAAUCUCGCUGGAGGACAACCCAGUCUUACAACCAAUUAUAGAUGUUCUGCCCAAAGUAAGAGACCCAGAUGACCAUAGAUUAAUCACAGUUCCUCCAACUGCAAUAAAGAAAUUGCUGCCCAAUGGACGAGACAGAUAUUUCAGAUACCAAGGCUCUUUGACUACACCCAACUGUUCUGAGGCAGUAAUCUGGACCGUGUUUGAACAGAAACAAUUCAUCUCCGAAAGACAGCUAUAUUAUUUCCGUCAGAUGCUGACAUCGUCACUACAUGUUGAAACCAGAGCACAUAGACAGUUUAACAUAGUUCAGCCAGACAGAGCUAUCGAAACAAGGAUACCAUUGGUUGACAAUUUCCGACCGAUUCAAAGACUAAAUGGACGCAGGGUGUAUCGGAGUUUCAAGAAUUUUAAUUACCACAAUAUUAUACCUUGUUUAAAACCCUUAAAAUACUUGCCAGAUUACAUUGCCAUGCCCCAACCACAUUACCUCCCCCAUUUGCACUUUUCUUAUUAACUAUCAUUGUCACAUAGAAUUGCCUCUGAUUUAUAAUUUUAAUAGAUCAUUCGUUCUUUUUAUUUUCAGAGGAAAAGAAUACCGUUUUUGAAGUUAAAUCGGUUAUUCAAAUAAGAUAAGUUGAUAAUUUACAUUUAUUUGUAAAUCAGAUCUAUGUGAUGAGGGAUGUGAAAAGAAACGCUUACGAUAACCUGACAUGUAAUCUUUCAUAGCAUUGACUUUAAUCAAACGAUCUGAAUUUCGUAUUAUAAUCAUAUGACAUUAAAUAGAAUCUAUAAAAAGAACCUUUUGACGCAAAGAACGCAAUCAAACAAAAGUAAAAGCAGACUCGGUUUGAUUGAGUCUGUUAACGAAAGGUAAUGAAAUGUGCAACACCCCCGGGCCCUCAAUCGCCGGCUUUAACGGAACUGUUUUAGCUAUAAAUAUUGAAAUAUCCCAAAAGGGCCAGAAAAUAUAAUAACAUUGAGUUUAAGUACGGAGAGACUUUUACAGCCUCUGCACAACACUUAAAGUCUAUUGUUGUGAUAGUUAUAAAAGUCAGAAAGAAGAUAAUUUGGAAGCAUAGUACUCAGUCAAGCAAAGACAAUGGCAGAAACUGUUAAUAAAAUUCGUUUCAUAGUUAAAUCCAUUUCGAAAAAAAUAAUACAAUUUUCAAAAACCCUUAGGAAUUCAGUCAUUAUUUAGUGCAUGGUAUUCGACAUUGUUUUAACUAGUUUUUAAGAGACAGUAUUUGCUGUUUUCUUCAGAAUAUGUAACAAUUACUCUCUGUAAGAUUAACAUUGUUAUUAUGUUCUUAAGUGUUAGUAUGUAAAUACUUAACAAAAGUAAUUAUAGUGUACUAGAAAGGAAUGACACAAUGACCUUUUAUUGUAUCUUAAGAACGGAUAUGCACAAUGCUAUAUUCUAUUAGAAGUUAUUUGCAUAGAUGAUACUAUAGAAAUGAAUAAAUAUAAAAUAUAAUCAGGCGGUCACUUACUCAACAUUUAUACAGGUAUUAUAUACUUACUCGGUUAUUUACUCAACAUCGGUACACUCGUGUACUCGCUUGGUCACUUAACAUCCGUACACUCAUGUACUCUUCUAGUCACUUAAAAUUGUUGAACAAGACGUUUAACCCGAAUACACACACACAUAUACACACACUUACUCAACAUCCGUACAUAUAUUUAUGUACCCACUCUGGCACUCAUUCAGCAUCUGUACAUUCAUGUACUUACUUGGUCAGGUACUCAACAUUAGUGCAUUCACGUACUCACUCAACAUCCACACACUCGUGUAGUCAUUCGGUCACCUACUCAAUAUCUGUACAUGUACUCAUGUACCCACUCGGUCACCUACCUAAACAUCUGUACAUUUAUGUACUCACUUGGCCAGUUACUCAGCAUAUGUACAUUCAUGUACUCACUCGACAUCUGUACUUUCAUGUACUCACUUGAUUAGUUACUCAGCAUUUGUGCAUUCAUGUACUCACUCAACAUCCUUACACUCAUGUACUCAUUUGGUCAUCUACUCAUCAUCUUCAUAUGUAUUUAUGUAUCCACUCGGCUACUUACCUCAACAUCCGUACAUUCAUGUACUCACUCGGUCAGUUACUCAACUUUCAUGCAUUCGGGUAGUCAUACAACAUUCAUAGAUGUAUUCAUGUAGUUACUUGGUCAUUGUCAACUUUUAUUUAGUGUCAUACCAGAGGAAUUUUAUUCAUAAAUGAUAUUGAAUAUAGUACACAUGAUUUUAUAUUUUAAUUCUUAAUUAAGUUAAUAUGAAUUUAUAAGUUAUAUGGUAUGUUUUUAAAUGUGAGUAUGUAUAUUGUCUCUUAUAGUUCUAUUUAGAACGGUCAUUUACAAUUGUUUUAGUCUGUAUGUAAUUUUAUAUGUUUGUAAAUGAA